AUGUCUAGAGGGAAUGGAGAAAAGAAAGAAGGCAACGUAGUAGUUGCCAUAGACAAGGAUAAAAGCAGCCAGUUUGCUCUCAAAUGGACUGUUGAUCAUCUUCUAACCAGGGGACAGGCUAUUACGCUUCUGCAUGUUAAACAAAAAGCAUCAUCCAUCCCCACCCCAUGUGGAAACCAAGUCUCCAUCAAUGACGUCAAUGACGAUGUUAUAAAAUGCAAUGAAGUUGUAGUGGAGGAAAGGGAGAUAGCCAAAGGAAUAAUAGACUAUGUGACCAAAAAUGCAGUUGAGGUUUUGAUACUUGGUUCAUCAUCAAAGGGAGGUCUUGUCAGAAAAUUCAAGACAUCAGAUGUUCCAAGUAAUGUGUCCAAAGGAGCGCCAGACUUCUGCACUGUAUAUGUCAUCAGCAAAGGAAAGAUUGCAUCGGUUCGAUCUGCUAGUGGUCCGGUGCCUACAAAACCUUCCAUUCAAACUCAGAUGCCGAGCAGGGCCAGUAACGUGUCUGAUACAGUUGAAUCCCCUUUCAAGUCUAGGAUAGCUCCCAGAGUACCAGAGAGGUCACCAUAUACACUGCAAGGCCUCCAAGAAGAUAUGGAAAUCAAGUCACCAUUCACUAGAAGAGGUGGACUCACCAAAUAUGAACCCUCCACUCCAGAAUCUGACAUAUCAUUUGUAAGCAGUGGAAGGCCAAGCACCGAUCUCAUGUUUCCCUCUUACUAUGAUGUUUCAGAACCUGGAAUGGCACCUUGGCUUUCAAACAGCUCAGAUUAUGAUUAUAGAUCCUUGGGGUCAUCAAAUUCAGGAAACAAAUCAAUAGAUGCAAGUACACAGUAUAAUUUCUCAUCAGCCUCGGAAGAAAGUGGCACUUCAUGGCCUUCACAGAACAUGGAUGGUGUGGAAGCCGAGAUGCGGAGGCUCAGACAAGAGCUCAAGCAAACGAUGGACAUGUAUAGCUCAGCAUGCAAGGAAGCACUCACUGCAAAACAGAAGGUGCUGUCAGUUCGAACCUUCUAUGAGCAGUCUCUAAAGUUUGUUAGUUCUUUGGCCAGAGAACUUCAUCGUUGGAAAUUGCAAGAACAACAAAGAUUAGAACAAUCGCAAUUAGCAGAGGAAGCUGCAUUGCAACUUGUAGCAAAGGAGAAAGCUAAGUGUAAAGUAGCCAUUGAGGCAGCUGAAGCAGCUCGAAGGAUUGCCGAAUUGGAAUUACAAAAAAGACUAAAUGCAGAAAUGAUGGCUCAAAAGGAAUCUGAGGAGAAGACGAAGGCAAUACAAUCCAUUGCAAAAAGUGAUUUUCGGUAUCGAAAAUACACGAUCGAGGAGAUUGAAGCAGCAACAGAUGAGUUUUCAGACUCGCUCAAGAUUGGAGAAGGAGGUUAUGGGCCAGUUUACAAGUGCUAUCUGGAUCAUACACCAGUGGCCGUUAAAGUUUUACGUCCAGAUGCAGCUCAUGGAAGGUCACAGUUUCAGCAAGAGGUUGAAGUAUUAUCCUGCAUAAGGCAUCCAAAUAUGGUCCUCCUCCUUGGAGCCUGCCCAGAGUAUGGUUGCUUAGUCUAUGAGUAUAUGGCUAAUGGAAGUUUGGAAGACUGCCUGUUCCGGAGAGGAAAUAGUCCACCUCUUUCUUGGCAACUAAGAUUCCGAAUUGCUGCAGAAAUUGCCACGGGCCUUCGUUUCCUCCAUCAAACCAAGCCAGAACCACUUGUGCACCGUGAUCUAAAACCAGGCAACAUUUUGCUUGACCGUAACUAUGUCAGUAAGAUUAGUGACGUUGGUUUGGCCAGGCUUGUCCCUCCAUCAGUAGCCGACACAGUUACUCAAUAUCGCAUGACAUCAACAGCUGGAACAUUCUGUUAUAUUGACCCAGAGUAUCAGCAGACUGGAAUGCUAGGGAUAAAAUCCGAUAUUUACUCAUUUGGUAUCCUGCUUCUACAAAUUAUAACAGCCAAGCCACCUAUGGGUUUAACUCAUCAUGUUGAGAGGGCCAUUGAGAAAGGAACUUUUGAAGAGAUGCUUGACCCAGCCGUUCCAGACUGGCCCAUUGAGGAAGCUAUGAGUUUCGCCAAGUUAGCUCUUCAAUGUGCAGAACUCAGGCGAAAAGAUAGACCAGAUCUUGGACGAGUCAUACUACCAGAGCUAAACAGAUUGAGAGAACUUGCUGAAAAAAACAUGCAUAGCAUCAUGCUUGGGGGCAGCACAGGAAGCUCGCCUUAUCAGAGCCAAUGUUCCUCAGUUCAAGUGAGUUGCAACCUCCGCAAGCUUUAUAAUUCAUUUAUUUCUGAUCUGUUGUCAGGAUGUGAUGAGUCACAGCGAGAUACAAUCUGGAUAUGA